AUGCAGGUGAACGGCCACCGUAUUCCGGGCACGCCCGUGGCUGUGGACGUGUGGCGGCGAAUGCGUGGGGUGUACCUGUACUUUCUCUCGCACAUGCAUGCCGACCACACGGUGGGCCUGGCGCCGCUGUGGGAGCACGGGAGGCUGUAUACCACCCAACGGAGCGCCAUCAUGCUGGCGGCCAAGUACGGAUUGGCCAGUCCGCGUGUGGAGAUCCUGACCGAAAACGAGACGCAUGUCAUUCCGCUGGCCCAUGGGGAGUCCAUGGCCGUCACCGUCUACAACGCCAAUCAUGUCGAGGGCGCUGCCAUGUUCCUCUUUGACGGCUACUUUGGCCGCGUCCUCUACACUGGCGACGUCCGGGCAGACGCCGCUCUGGCCGCUGCAUAUGCAGGCUCUGCUCUUUGGGACGCUCUCCGUGGUGUGGAUUUGCUCGUUUUGGACAAUACCUACGCAUCGCCUGCAUCGGGUGCCUUUCCGCCUCGUGGCGAGGCUGUGGUCGAGGUGGUGGCUGCCGCUCAGGCCGCACGCGAUCGUGGCAAGCGCAUUGUCCUCGCCCUCGACACCCUCGGCAAGCAGCCUCUGCUCAACGCACUCCAUGAUGCUGGAUUCUCCAUAUCGUACACAGUCGAUAGGCUCAACGCCGCGCUGAGUGACGACGGCCGUCCUCACCCCGCGCCACACACUGGCCCUGGUCCGUCGGCCGUCCUCGGCGUGCCCAAGUGGAGCUUUGGUUCGUACAUCAAGGCCAUGGGCGAUGCUGUCGUCGGCAUCAUGCCCUCGUGCUAUCCGCCUCCCGAGUACACGGCAGCCUCUGCACCCGAAAACGUGGUCGUCAUCCCCUACUCGGACCACUCGUCGUACGCCGAGCUCGAGGCCUUUGUCGCCCACGUCGCGCCGGUAGACAUCAUGCCCAUCGUCGGCCACGUCAACACCUCGCUGCGCACUAUUUUUGCCCACGUACUUCCGCCGCCGCAGCCUUCCCGUCCGCCGCCACCCAUCCCGCAGGCCGUCGUCGAGGCUAUGACCGCCGGCUUCAUCCCGCCGCGCAGCGUCGCGCAUGGCUCGCCGCCUUCAUCCUCUCUGCUCGCGUUCGAUGGCCUCAUCAGCUACAAGCCGCCACCGCGUCGGGCGCAAUUUGCCUCGCCGGCCUUUGUCUCGAUUGCCAAGAAGGGCGCGCGCCUUGUUCGCCGCCCGUCGCCGACAGCAGCAGCCUCAUCCCGCAAGCGGAUCACUCCGUGGACGCCGUCGGGCGAGCAGCGGAAGCGGGCCAUGGGCACAGAGAUCGGCCUCGAGCCGCCGGCCAAAAAGCCGCGGCACUUGGUGGUUAGCAGCCGCGCCUCGACCGGGCAGGCUUUGCCGCGAUCAGUGCCGCCGCGCGGAAUGCGGGCCGAGACCUGGGCGCGGUUCUGCGAAGUCUACGACACCAUCCACAAGUAACGAGCGCGAGUCCUGAUGUCGUACUUGCCGCUGUACAACGCCGGCGAGGCCUCGAGCGGCCCGCUGGAAUGCAUUUACUGCGAGGCGCUUGAGACGCACAAUGACGC